CCACCCACUAAACGCGCAAAAGGUGAAACCGCGUCGUUUCUCUCCGCCUUUCCCCCCUUCUUUCUUUUUCCUUUUUAUCCCCUCUGCAAUCUCCGGCGGUGUUGUGGAGAAUCUCUUCCGGGGAGCGUAACCCUUCCGGCCGUCUUCUCAGUCUUACCCGCCCUGCCCCGACGAUCCUCUUCACUGGGUCUCUCGCGCGUCGAGGCCAUCCAGAAAAAGGGCGAAUUGACGCGAGGAAAUGAGGGAUGUUCUCGUGGCUGGCGAAAUUUGCGGCGGCCUGCAUCCGGCCGGUCCUUCGCUACGCGCGUUCGAGCAAGGAUGAGGAGGAUCGCGGCGAUGCGCUCCUGUGGUAUCGGGACCUAUGCCGGCACUCCGCGGGGGAGUUCUCUUUCGCGGUUGUCCAGGCGAACGAGUGUAUCGAGGACCACAGCCAGGUUGAGACCGGCUCGGCAGGGACAUUCGUCGGGGUAUAUGACGGGCACGGCGGCCCGGAUGCCUCCCUCUUCAUAUCGGAUCACUUAUUCGCCCAUCUAAUGAGAAUUGCUCAGGAGAAUGGUACAAUAAGUGAACAUGUUAUUCGAAGUGCAUUUUCUGCUACCGAAGCUGGAUUUCUUACACAUGUUCGCCAAAGCAUGGAAAUAAAACCAUCAAUUUCAACCACUGGAUCUUGUUGUCUAGUUGGUCUUAUAUGGGAUGGAACAUUAUAUGUCGCAAAUCUUGGUGAUUCUCGGGCAGUUGUAGGUUGUUUAGGUAGAUCUGGUAAUAUCAUUGCUGAACAAUUGACUAGAGACCACAAUGCGAGCAUGGAGGAAGUUAGACAAGAGCUAAGAUCCUUGCAUCCUGAUGAUUCACAGAUUGUUGUUCUAAAGCAUGGGGUGUGGCGCAUCAAAGGCAUCAUUCAGGUGUCAAGGUCUAUUGGGGAUGCAUAUCUUAAGAGGCCAGAGUUUAUUAUUGAUCCAUCAGUCUCUCGCUUCCGGCUUCCAGAGCCGCUCCGCCGGCCUGUAUUGUCUGCUGAACCUUCCAUUUUUACCCGGGCGAUACGUUCUCAAGAUAAAUUUGUCAUCUUUGCUUCUGAUGGCCUCUGGGAACACUUGACCAAUCAGGAAGCUGUUGAAAUUGUGCAGGCAUCCCCGCGAAAAGGAAUUGCAAGGAAGCUUGUGAGAACAGCUUUGCAAAUUGCGGCUAGAAAGAGGGAAAUGAGGUAUCCAGAUUUAAAAAGGGUUGAUAAAGGCAUUCGGCGCUUCUUUCACGAUGAUAUAACGGUGGUGGUGUUAUUCAUAGACCAUGAGUUGCUUGGAAAAACUGUUGCCUUACCUGCUCUCUCGUUGAGAGGAUUUAUUGAUACCGUUAGAUCCUCAGAUUUCUGUGUCAUGGAAGGAAUUAAUAAGCAUGACAAUCAUCUUUGAGAGCUUUAGAGAAGCUGAUAGCUUACAAGGCUCCUUUUGCAUGGUUUGUAUCUAUUCCAUUCCUACUUUAAUCUAAGGGAUGCCCCCCAUGUGCUCGUGUUCAUCCUACUGCGUACUUUUGUUAAUGAUAGUCUUUACGUUUCAUA